AUGCGACACAUGAUGGCCACCAUGGCUGAGCAGUCUUUUCAUGUAUUCCAGCAGCACCAGCAGCACCACGACAACGACGGCUUCGUCCGCUACCCCGAGCCCCCGCGAAACGCCUUUGCGUCGCCCCCGCUGGACAUGAGCAUGGCGCCGGACUCGACGUUUGUGGGACGAGGACGAGGACGAGGAAGCUUUGCGCGCCCUGCCGGCUACCCCACCAGCACCGCCGCCGCCACCACGUCGGCCGGGACGACCGCCAUGGGCUUCGAGACGUCGCUGUACGGCGACGCGGCAAGCUACGUGCUCAACGGGCGGGCAUCGCCAGGCUCGUAUCCGGACGAAGGCGACAUGAGGCUCCCCUCGUCGGGCCUGUCGUCUGCAGCCUCGGCGCCCUCGUCGGCCAUGGGAUCGCCGCAGUCCAACCACGGCCAGCUCGGCGCGGCGCACGAAUGGGGCGCGCAUGGCCUCGCCGUGCAGCCGGGCAUCGUGGGCAACGACUACAUGGAGUACUUUUCCGGCCCCGGCAUGGAGGAGCUGGGCGGCUACGUCGACUUUGGAGCGGCGCAGACGAAUAAGGCGUUUGUCGACCCUUCCCUCAUCCAUCCAGAUAUUCCGCGGCCGCCAAUGGCUCUCUCGCCCUAUGAUGGCCACUAUCAACAGGCUGCCCAUCCCUUCAGCGCCUCGUCGGUCUCGUCUUCUCCUCAACCCAACCUCCUUCGAACCAGCAGCUCCUCGCCCUACCUCCACAGCGGCUCGUUCCCCCCGGCUUUCGCCGGCAGUCCGUACGGAGCGCCCAUGGACCCCAGCGGUCGGCGCGUGAGCAUGAGCAACUUCAUCUCGCCCUCGUCGGCCGAGUACCAGAGCGGUGACGAGGCAAAGGAGAAGCAGCGCUGCACCUACCCCGACUGCGGCAAGGUCUUCAAGGACCUCAAGGCCCACAUGCUCACCCACCAGAACGAGCGUCCGGAGAAGUGCCCGAUCCAGACGUGCGAGUACCACGUCAAGGGCUUCGCUCGCAAGUACGACAAGAACCGCCACACUCUCACUCACUACAAGGGCACCAUGAGGCAUCUGACGGCCGUUCACGGUGUCGAGCAGACGCCGCCCAACAGCCGCAAGAAGACGCCGACGGGCAUGGGCAUUGGUGCUGGCAAGAAGCUUACCGGCUACGCCCCCGACGCCACGGGCAAGUGCAGCACUUGCUCGCAGACGUUUGCCAACGCCCAGGACUUUUACGAGCAUCUCGACGACUGCGUGCUUCGCAUCGUGCAACAGGAGGAUCCCGCAGAGGCCAUCAACGCGCAGCGCCUGGCCGAGGUUGAAAACGACAAGAGUGUGCACCAGACGCUGGAGAAGAACAACCUGCCGACGGCGACGCUGGCUGCCGCCGCCGACGAGGAUGAGGAGGAUUACGACAUGGGGGAUGACGACGAGGCCGACGACUCGUCCUCCAAGGCCAACUCGUCCCCUUCGUCCACUAAGAAGAGGACCAACCCGCCCAACGGCGUGCAGAAGUCUCGCGGCAUGACCCACUCGCGCGGCGGUGUUCCGCUGCCAACCAAAGCGCGCGGCCGCAAGAACCGGCGCGACUACCCCUCAUCGUGGGGUUUCGACAAGGGUCAGAUGACGAUGAAGAAGCGCGUCAUGUCCGUGUUUGACGGGGCCCGCCGGCUGGCCAAGGACGACAUGAUGCUUUCUACCGACCAUGAGGUCCGCCUCAAGCUGUCGGACGGAAAGUCUUACAUCACCGACCUCGACGUACAGACGCUAAAACGGGCCGAGGGCUUUCUGGGCGCCACGGACGAGGAGAAAGGCCCUUGGAUAUCAGAUGACCCGACCGAGGAGCAGCUCAAGGAGAUGCUGGAGACGAGCGCCGUCGCUCUUCACUGA